AUGUCAGGCGUCGCGAUUUCAGAUGGGUCGGUCUCGAAGCUGUGUUACGAUUAUGUUAUUCCCACCGCAAUUUCAACUGUUUGUCAUCCGUUUGUAUGUGCUCGAACUCUUAUGAUGGUAAAUUGCAUUUCUUGCUCAUCUUGUGCUUCGCAGUUGGGUCAUGAGUUUGAACCGCCCACACUCGGAAGGAACAUAAUUGGGUUACAGCGAUAUAUGUACCCAAAUGUUUUUAACUAUCGUAUGUCCCUUUUCUGUACAAUAUUGAGCCUACAGUUGGCCACUUGCGAGAAGAUGUUGGUCUCCUCUCGAUAUUCACCGUGGGUCUUCCGGCCUCCAUUAUUGGUUCGGCUAUUAAGUCGUCUGUGUGUGAAACUUAUUUAUGUGAGCACGUUACAGGCUAUAUGUACAAAAAAUCAAUAUUUGAGACAGAAAAAGGCUGGGAAGUUUUUGUUCAGGAGGUGCAUUCCAGUUUUUUGCAUUGUGGCUACGAAUUAUGCGAAAUCCCAGUUACGCGAAACAUUUUUAUUUGGGAAGACAUGCAAAUUGACUGCCGGACGCUGUCUUGGCCUCUUGGUCAGCUAUCCUUUUCAGGGUGAGUUUGAUAAAUUAUAUUUACCUCCAACCUUCAUCUCUUCUCUAGUCAUCAUGAUUCGGCAGAUCGCCCAGUUGGUCGGAAAGGAAACCAUAUAUAGCAACAUUUUUAAGGCCUUUGUGGAGAUAAACGUAAACGAAGGUCUACCGGGUCUUUUUGGCGGCUUGAUCCCACGACUCUUGGGGGAGGUAGUCACGGUCUGGUUGACGGCUGGUAUGGCCUAUUUGGUGAACAAGUACCUUCUACCUGCGGAUACGGAUCCAUUUGUCAAGGAGCAGACGCCCUACGUUGCUGGUAUACUGGUGUCGUCGUGCACGCAUCGUCUGACGGUUACCUCCACCGUGAUGGCUGUCAGUGGUUCUGGCUUAUCCGUCGCGGUGCCGUUUAAGAACAGUUUGGACUGCUACAAUUACCUUUCAACAAGGAAUGCCUUCAUGCGUGGAGCCUCACUUUUCUUCCGUUAUGCAUCGGGUGCCUUGUGA